AGAGGAAGGAUUAGAACUCAGGUAGGGAUUGACUCCCUCUGAUACUCUCCUACCAUGGCGGACACUAUUCCGGAGCUAGCGGACACUGUUCCGGAGCUAGCGGACACUGUUACCGUGCCAGGGAUUAUUGACAGUAACUGGACCGGCUCUUACCCCACCCCUAACUACACAAGCAUUGUUAUGAUGCACUACACUGUCAAACAACUUACUGUUCUCAAGGUGGCGACCCUACUCCUGUCAGUGCUGGGACUAAUAGGGAACUUACUGGUUGUCCUGGUGAUCCUGUCCAGGAGGAGGUGGAGGUUCGCUAACAGCAUGUUCGUCCUCAACAUUGCUAUAGCUAACCUCUUUAUCUGCGCCUUUACCCUGCCUCUCAUGACUAGAGCUCUCUUUGAGAUAGAGUGAGUUUUGUUACUUUGUCCUCAACAUUGCUAUAGCUAACCUCUUUAUCUGCGCCUUUACCCUGCCUCUCAUGACUAGAGC